AAUGCGUAGUACUGAUAGCACUGAAUUUCUGUACCAAAAUUACUUCUGGCUUAGGACUGGAUUGAGCUUCAUGAAGAAUAUGUGAGAGUGCAAAAAUCAAUAGCAGGAAGCCUCGUAUUAAAGCAAAAGGAUUUCUGCUUACUCAUGCUCCAUUGUUGGCUAUUUGUUCCCAAAAGGGCUGGGAUCCUGAACCUGCAUAUAGGAAAAUCCCCAUAAUAUUUGAAGUCUCGAAAGCAACUUGCACCUGCUGUCUACUGUAAUAAUGAAUAUGCUUUGACCUUUCUGCUUCUGUGUGCAGAUUAGAUGCUGUUUUGCUGCCUAAAGCGUCUGUGUGUUUCCAGGGAUGCUGCAAUGGAUGCUCAGUGAUGCUCAUUAUGACUCUGUUAAUAUUUCAAGGCUCUUGCCUCCUGCUAACCCAAGCUGGGUGUAACAAGUCUCCCGGGGAUUUAGAAAGGGCAGCAAGGUGGGUUACUAUGUGAAGAGUCUUCUUAAGUACCCGCCUUGUGGGUUACAGAGGGCAAAGCAAGCUCUGGAGGAGCAUCGCUGCUGGUUCCGGACUCAGCGUGCGCUGAGCCGCGGUCCCUGCAGGGCUGCGAGAUGAUCGCGCUGGGCUCAGGCUCCCAGGGCAGGCGGCCCAGGGCGUCGGGAAAAAGCACACAGGGCGCUGAGCCCCAGCCCUGCCUCUCCAGCGGGUGGCCACACAUCCCAACACAGCCCUUCUCCUCUUUUCUUCCUGAGCAACCUGUCAGCGUUAGCGCUGGUAAGUGCUGCGCGGGUACCUUCUAGCAACGCUGUGCUGCUGGGCUGCCCCGCUGCUCGGAGGCGGCUCCUCGGCUCCCUUUUCCUCGCGGCAAGGAGCCGCUCUCGGGCUCCUGUUUAGCAGGUGGAGCCGAGGAGCCGCGCUGCCGCCUGCCCGGCCUGCGCGGGGCUCAGCCGCUCCUCACCCAUCCGGGCUGCGAGCUUCCCCCGCCGCUGAUGGCAAAGCCGCAGUGCCGGGAACCCUCCCGGCCCGGGCCAGGGCGGUGCCCCCGAGGAGAGGGCGUGCCGGGCGGGCGAGGGGCCGCCUGGGCGCGCUCCCGCCGGGUAAGAGCGGGAGCGGCUCCAGGCCGCGCUGCAGCCGCGGCCUCGCGUAGGGAGCGGGCGGCGCGGGGAGGCGCCUCGGGCGGGCGCGGCGCUACGAGCGGCCGGGGCGGAGUGAGGCGGCCGGGCCGGAAGCGGAGCGCGGGGAUGGGUUGUGAGUCCACCCAAGAAUGGAUAAAUGUAAGCAGCCUUAUGUUAACCAGAAGACCAGCAUUGAAAAGUUCAGUCCUGAAAUUCUUUCUGAAAUUGAGAACCUCUUUGAGAAGAAGUUUACUUACACUAAGCCAGUGAAUGAUGAAUGGAAGCUGCCAGAUCCCAGCAAUGCUUUUACAUCUGAUCAUGUGGAAUUUCACUCACUCCUGGCCCUGAAGGACUCAAUGAAUGAAGUGAAGAACCAGCUGAGUGAUAAGAACCUGGAGGAUUGGCAUCAGCACACCUCAUUUACCAAUAAAGCAGGGAAAAUAAUACCUCACGUGAAGAAAUCUGUGAAUGCUGAGCUCUGUACCCAGGCAUGGUGCAAAUUUCAUGAGAUCCUGUGCAGUUUUUCUCUUCUCCCACAAGAAGCUCUUCAGGAUGGAGAAUUGAAUUCUGUACACCUCUGUGAAGCACCUGGAGCUUUUAUAGCCAGCCUUAACCACUUCUUGAAGUCCCACCAUGUCCCUUGCCACUGGAAUUGGAUAGCUAAUACUCUAAACCCUUAUCAUGAAGCCAAUGACAUCCUUAUGAUGAUCAUGGAUGACCGUCUGAUAGCAAAUACAUUACCUUGGUGGUACUUUGGCCCAGAUAACACUGGGGAUGUGAUGACAUUAAGACAUCUAACAGGACUUCAGAGCUUUGUGAGCAGUAUGACCACAGUCCACUUGGUAACUGCUGAUGGCAGCUUUGAUUGCCAGGGAAAUCCAGGUGAGCAGGAAGCUCUUGUCUCACCCCUUCAUUACUGUGAAACAGUCACUGCUUUAAUGAUCCUGGGCACUGGAGGAUCCUUUGUUUUGAAGAUGUUCACUCUGUUUGAACACUGUUCUAUCAACCUGCUCUUUCUGCUAAACUGUGCUUUUGAGGAGGUGCAUGUCUUUAAACCAGCCACCAGCAAAGCUGGAAACUCAGAGGUCUAUGUGGUUUGCCUUCGCUAUAUGGGCAGAGAAAGCCUUCAUCUGCUUCUUCCUAAAAUGACACAGAACUUUGGAUCAGAAAUGGUCAACAAAGCUCUUUUCUCCCAGCAUACACUUCCAGAAUCAUUCCUUAAAACACAUGAAGAGUGUUGCAUGUUCUUUCACAAGUGCCAGGUAGAGACUAUCUCUGAGAAUAUCCGUCUUUUUGAGCACAUGGAAGAAGCAGAGCAGGUGAAACUGAACAAGUUAAGAGACUGUGCAGUAGAGUUCUUCAUGCAAAAGUUCCACCUGAAACCCAUUGGCAGAAAUAACUGGCUUGUCAAGAAAUCCCAGGCUGGUUGCAGCAUGAAUGCGAAAUGGUUUGGGCAAAGAAACAAAUAUUUUAGUACGUACAAUGAAAGGAAGAUGAUGGAAACCCUGACAUGGAAUGAUAAACUGGCAAAGGGCUAUUUAAAUCACUGGGCUGAGGAACAUAGUUUAAAUAAUGCUGGGAACGUGUGUGUCCUGGAAGAAUCAUUUUCUAACCUUGAAUGUAGCUUUUGGUACAUUUUGGAAGGAAGAAGAUUGCCAAGAGUAAAGUGUUCUCCAUUUUGUGAUGUUCAGGUUUUAGAAAAUCUUAAUGAAGCUGUGAAGGAGUUGGGUGGGGGGAGGCUGAAAAGCAGAUCAACGCUGCAGCCUUGUCACUCUUGUGAAGUUCUUCCUGUGGAACUCAUACUGGCAAAAGUGUCUGACCUUUCCAGGUGCCAUCAGGAAGUCCUAAAUGAAAGUUGUAGUGACCAAUUCAAGUGCCUUGUGGUGGGCUUUCCCACCCUCUGUGACACAGAAAGCCAGCCCAGGAUGGAAAUAAAGCCCAUGGACGCAGCCACGCUCCUGACUUUCAGCUUCUCUUUGCUGUACGAUGGAGAACCCGAGUACCAGCAGCAGCUUUUGGAGUGUGUUCUGCAUUCGUUGGCGCAGCUGGCGGCAGGAGAUGCGUUGGUUUUGCCUGUUCUCUCCUGCCUGACGCGCUUCACGGCCGGCCUGGUCUUCAUCCUGCACCGCUGCUUCCGGAGCGUGGCGUUCGCGUGCCCGACCUCGCGGGAGCCCCUGCGGAGCGGCGCCGCUCUGCUGUGCGUCGGGUACCGAGGCCUCCCCGCGCCCGUUCUGGAGUAUCUGCAGCAUCUGAGUGCGCUCGUGAGCUCUUUGCUGGACACGGACUCUCCCCAGCAGGUUCUGCAGUUCGUGCCCAUGGAGACUCUCCUCCAGGGCAAGCUGUUGGAGUUUCUAUGGGAUUUAAACACGGCCAUUGCAAAGAGACAGCUCCACCUGAUUGUGCAAGCUCAGCAGCAGCAAAUGACUAGUGACAUUCCACUACACAAUUCUAGAACGGCGUGAGUUGCUGCUGCUAGACCUUGUUUCACAGGCAGGCAGAAGGUGUUAAAAGCAUUGUUAAUGUGAAGGUAACAUUAAUGCAAAACUGGUGUGACAUUGAGGGUGCUGGCAGGAUGUUUUGAGCUGUCAAUCCUUGGUGCACCAUAUUGUAUGUGUAGGAAAUAGGAGAAAAGAAAGCCAGACCUUGAUUUCUGGCCACUGAGCUGGGUGUUUUACGAUGCAGAAUAACAUAGAAUCUUUGAUUCCAUGGAAGCAAGGGGCUGACAAGUGAGCAUAAGCCUCAGAGCCUCCUAUCACCAUCUUUAAAAACUAUCUUUUGACAUCCCUUUAAUUUACAAUUGGUUUAAUUCUUAAUGGUGAUGUGGGGGAAAUCCCGUGUAACUUGCCUUACCAUUUUGGAUGGUAUGAAAUGCUGGUGGUUAUGGGUACAUGUCCCCAUUUACCAUUCUUAAACACGAGCCUCUGAAUUUUCACCUCGUAGCCUUUGAAUAUCAGCCUCUUCUUUAGCACUUCAAUGAGUGAGGACUGAGAUAAAAAUUUCUUUGCCAAAGCCUGAUAAUGGUUUCUCCAUCUCAUUCUUGUGGCUGUUUUGUGAAUGCCAUGCUGAUAUCCUGAGUUCCAGUUCUUUGUGCACUUCAGUCACUUGACAGAAGGAUCAAAUGGAGCUGUUUGUGCCAGAGAAGUGCUCAGCCUCUGGCUGUUCAUUGCUUACUCUUCAGGCAAUUAUUUGGAUUGCCAUCAAGCCCUCUCUUGUGACUUCUUAUGGGCCCAAAGCUGAGCUCAAUUCUCAAGAAUGAAAUUUGCUAAAAGAAUUAGCCAGUGGCUGUAGACACUCAGGCUUGUAACAAGCAGAACCUUUAGGAGACAUUUAAAUGCAGAAAACUUCCACCAGCCACGAGAGGCCCAUAACAUGCAGUUGCUGGGGUUUGCCAGUCUUUCCAUGCUAAAAAUCCUUAAAGGCUUUGAGGUGUUACCACCUGAACAAACAGUUCACCAGUUGUGUGCUGCCUUUCUUGUGCACGCAAGUGUGUUCAUGCUUGUGUGGGAACCCUCAGGGUUGUACAGCCACGAAGCUUUUGUGUUGUAAGUAAUCAAUGUGUGCUUUUGAUGUGAAGGAUGCAUAUAUUUUUUGAAGUAGAAGAAAAGAUGUUGAUUUACAAGGCUGUUGUAUAUUUUCAUUUUAUUGAACAAAUGUUGAAAGUGUUAAAAGACUUUUUUUUAAAAAAAGAACGGAAAACAAAUGCUGUUUAGAGAAAAUAAAGCCUUUUAUUUUAGGUUUUCAGUGUUGCUGUUUAUGUGUUUCUUUACCAAAUAUGGAAGGAAUCAAUGAAAUGCAGUAGGGGAGCCUUGGAAGGUU